UAAGCAUGUUACUUAGAAAUGAAAGAGAAGAGACAAAACAGUUUUGUUAGACAAGCAAUGUAAAUUUCCCUGGAAGGCUUAGCAGCUCUAGAAUCUUCAGUUUUGCAGAAAAAACUUGAAUACUUCUUUUGAAAAUUGUCACCUCAGCUAUAAAAAGUCAGCCAGUGCUGAUUGGUCAAGCCAUAUUUACAUGGGCAUUAUUAACUUUUACAGCAGCACUUUUCCUUUUAUGAAAAUAUAUCCGUUCAUAGUUCUUGACAGGGAAAAUCAGAUCUAUGGUUCAAAUCUCAGUCAGGGUCUCAUUACACCUGUAUUUACAUUUGUUUUCCUUAAUUGAAGAUCUAAUUAUUGAUUAAUUCAAUCUUUGUGAUGUUUGUAUUAUUUUUAUUUUCCCUUUUAUAAUUUCAGGCAACACCAAGAGAUAGUGAAAGUGAUACUAUCCCAGGCUGAAGUGGAAUUUGAUAUUCGUAACACUCAUAAUCAGACACCAUUCCUCCAGGCUGUUUCUAAGGGUAACCUUGAGAUCAUGCAGAUGUUAGUAUUAAAAGGAGCAGAUCUUGACGCUAUAAAUAAAGAUGGUGACAAUUGCUUGCAUAUUGCAUUGAGGGAGAAAAUGUUUCACUCUGAAAGUGAACAUCUUGAAAUUUUAGAUGAGAUUUCCUGUCAGCUCAAAGAAGACAGAUUGUCCAGUAUAGUUGUAGCUGGAUAUCUGGCAAAACAAGGAGCAAACUUCUAUCAUAAAAACAAAAACAACACCACACCACUUGACAUCAUCAAGAAUUCAGAUUUGAAAAGGAGACUGGAACUAUAUCUUGUAAAAGUGUAUGAGUGUUAUGUAUGUGGAGAUAAUCGAAUUUCUAUAAAAUUCCACCCCUGCCGACAUAGGAUAAUAUGUGAAGAAUGUUGCUCUAAGAUAGAGAUCAAAAAAUGUAAUAGAUGCAAACAGACUGUGAUUCACAAAACUAGGUUUGAUGGGUCUGAAUUUAAAACAGUAAAUCCACCUCAGGUGUUCAAAAACAAACAACUCAGUGAUGAAAUGAUAUGCACAAUAUGUAUGGAGCAUCGUUGGGAUAUGGUCUUUGAUUGUGGCCAUACCACUUGUAAAAAAUGUGGUGAAGUACUUGAUAAAUGUCAUAUGUGUAGGAAACAUAUUAAGAAAAAGAUUAUGAUACAUUGAUUAGUUCCUUACUUCUACUUUUGUCUUUGCUCCAUCUCUCAGCUUUCCCACCCACUUUCUACCUUGUCAAUUAACAGAAUUAACAAAUAUGUUUUUGUAUAAGUAUCUACAUAUUCAUAUAUAUGUGAGUAUAUAUGUGUGUGUGCGUUUAUAUCUGUAUAUAUAUAUAUAUAAUAUAUAUAU